GAUUAUCAUCAUCAUUCGAGUUAAUACAUCAUUCAUCAUCUCUGCAUCUAAUAUAGUUAGCUUACCACAAAGCCUUAACAUAAAUAUUAAAUACAUACCAAUACCACUCAUCAGGAAGUUAAGACUCUCCUACAAAAAACUUAAAACUAUACAUAGUUUGAGGUGGGUGUCAUGGUAUUGUAUGUAAUCCUAAAGUCUAGUAGUUGUCCAAAAUGUUUUGGUUUAGUAAAUAGGCAGACCCAUUUAAUUUUUGACCCAUAAUGCUUUGGUUUGUUGUGCACAUGGAAAUAAAAUAGGAAAUCACGAAAGUUUGAUUUGGUUGAUUGCAUGAAAUUAUAAAUAAUUUUGUAUAUUAGGUGUAUCAUUAAUUGGUUAAUUGGUUAGCAGUGUUGCAAGAGAAAAUGAGUUUUUUUAAUCAAUAAAUCAUGAGAUUUUUCGUGGUAUUUUCAACUGUUAGAAAUCAAGGGAUAGGAGCAACAAGAGCACAGAAAUAAAGUACACCCCAACCACACACAAUAAAAUUCUCCUCCCUCUCUCGCCGUCUGUAGUCUGUACACCUUCGCCACCUAGGCUGGCCUGCCUAUCCCGGUUUCUGUUUCCAUUUGCCUUCGUUUUCCUGUUUUCACCAGAACGAGCGAACAGAACAACACAACAAUAACCACUUCCUUUCUCCUCUCUUUCAUUCCUUUCAAACUAUAUACCACCAGCCCCCACCGCCAUAGCUAAUAACUUGAAAACGCGGGAAGAAGAAUCCGGAUCUCCUCCCCCUUGACUUCGGUCCCGCCAUUUCUGCCUCCCUUAACCUUCUCUAAUCCUCACAAAACCAAAACAAUUCGGGAAUAUUCUCCAUACCACAAAUUGCCUUGCACGUUAAGCGAUUCCCCCCUCCUCUCCCUUUCAAUUCCUUUCAACCUCCGUCUUCCAGUCAGGUAGGCGGAGCUGCUGCUGCCUCGUUUCAUUCCGUUUUGUUCGUCUCCGGCGAGAGUGAUUCGGUGUUUUUUUCCUCUUCCGAAUUCUCCUUUUUUUUCCCCUUCCAAAAUUCGUUCUGGUUUUUGCAAACGCCUCGUGUUUUUGACAAUGUUCGUUGCUGGUUGAUCUCUUCGGCCGGUCCAUCGCAUAAAUUCUUUGCCUCUUCUGCUAUAUCUCACCUCCGCCUGCUUCUGUUAUGAAGUUCGGAGGCGAUUGUUUCUUUUCCUCUCCUGCCUCUCUUCCACUUCUGUGGAAUUCCUCUUCAGCUUCUCAACAAGGUGCGUUUUCUCCUCUCCGGAUUUUGUAACUAGUAUUGAUCUUAUUUGCCAUCUCUUCGAUUCAAUUGGCUUAUGGUGAUUGUGAAUGGCGCUUUUGUGCUUGAAGCAGCAGAGGUUUGCGUUGACUUUGAAGGUGAUUUGAGCUUGUAUAGAGAGUUUGAUGGGGAAAGCUGACGAUGAGAGAUGCGUUUUUCCUUUAACCAGUCUGCAAAUCGGAGACUUGCAGUCGUAUCUUUCGGAUCUUAGAUUGUAUGUGGCCUUCGAAAGUAAGAAGCUAUACAUCUUGGUGGACAACCGACCAUGGUUGAGGAGCCUGGGUUCGCGGCCAGCACACUUGUGGCAGUUGAUGGUUACAAAGUCAAGGUUAUCUCCAUUUGCAAACACCAAAGGACAGAGAGGGAAAAGGGAGUGCAAGGGAACUUCUUGUCCUCAAUCUAAUUCCAGCAAGGCAACGAAUAUUGAAAAAUGGUUCUCACUGAUCGAUGCAAAAAACUUCUCUCAGAAGGCAGGUUUAUUGCCAGUGGAGAAGUUGAGAAAGUCGUUAUUCUUGAGUAGUGAGCUGCACAGAACACUCUACGGUUUUAUAGUGUUUGAAGUUGCUUGGAGUAACGUUCGAGGUAUUAAUUACUUGAAUGAACUUCAGACAGACACAUCUCUGGCAGUCGAGGCGAAAGUUAUGCAAAGAUGGGAAUUUGAUUGUAUAUCUCAGGCAUCAAGGUCUAUCGCUUCUUGGUUUUCAGGAACAUUGCCCGAGCAGUUGCAAUUGAAGGAGUACCUGGAUUCUGCUACAGGAGAUAUAUUCUAUGAUGCAAAACAAAAUUUUUCAAGAACAGGUUCUUUCAACGAUGAUGAUGAAGAGACCGUUGGAGGUAAUCGGUGGUCUGUGAAUUCCUCAUCCAAUAGUCUCACUGAUUCUGACGAUAUUCAAGAUGAUUCUGAGCCACACACGCCUCCACCCAGUGGGCCCUACAAGAGAAGAAGGGUAACUAAGUCGAUUGCCUCAGGAGUCAAAGUCGAUUUUUAUUCUGAAACACAGGGCAGGAGCAAAGAUUUGUUGCACAACUCGGAGACUGAUGGCAGCAGCAACAAUUGUGAAAAUGGUAGUCUUGAAGCUAAGCAGUACAAGGACGUGCUAAUUCUGAUGAGGUUUGAUGACCAUGACCUCCCUUUUAAGCUGAGGCAAAUCAUAAUGGCUGACCUUCGGUUAUUGACCCUCUUAGAGGCAGGGCUUCCGUCAUGGGUAAUCUUUCUCCAAUCAUAUCCUGGGUUUUGCCAUCUUUAUCGCCCGUGGAUGUGUCCGCUAGCUAGAGCUUUAUACGUCUCCAUCUCGAUUGUCACUGUCAUAAUAGGCUUCUACGAUCUUUACAAAAAUGUUCCUGUUCUCAAGGCGACUGCAUCUCGAUUAUGUGGGCCACUUUUUGACUGGAUAGAGACCUGGGAAAUGGUCUCCAGGAUCAAGUAUCUGGGGACCAUGCUGUUUCUUCACAAUUUCCAGAAGGCUGUCACCUGGUCCCUAAUGAUCACUCGAACUUUCCGGUCUUUCCUCUCGGUUUUCACCCAACCUCUGGUUGGUCCGUUAGUGGAAUUAGUAGGGUUUCUCCUUCCAUUGUGGAAUGAAGUCAUUGAAGUAGUUGAGCAGUUAUUCUCAGUAGUCUGGCUUGUGGUGGGAACCACUUGCAAUGUGGUUGGAGAUGUUCUCGAGUUUUUUCUGUGGCCGAUAUGGGUUAUCAUCUCUUUUGUAUGGAACUUUGCGACUUCAAUCUUAUAUCCCAUCUUCUGGAUUCUGUGGGAAGUGAUCUACACACCAGUUCGCAUGGUUCUUGCACUAGCCAGCUUCCUGGCUGGAAUUUUGGGUGUGAUGGUGCAGUUGAUUGUAGAUGUUUGGCAAUCUAUGAGUAGCAUAGCGCAGCUCGCUUCAGCAUCCGAGGCGUCAGUGAACACGUACCAAGUUUCCAUGUGGAAAUCACUUUGGAGUGACCUUUUCUCACAGGUCUUUCGUGCCGUCAGAAGUAUUCUGAAUGGUUUUGUGGCUUUUUUCACAGCAUGCAACAGACAUCGCCUCAGCAUAUACAACCAUCUACAAGAUUUCAUCCGGAGACUACUCGGUGGAGCUCAGAGAUUUCAGACUUUCGAUUCCCGGCCUAGUUGGAAGUCAUACGAGCCACGUAAUCUAUCCGAUUCAUACGGGGACUGCAGACAGGGUAGCUCGCCUCGUCGAGUGCCAACUGUGCGUAUUUCCAAGUUGAAGAAGCAGAGGUGAGUCAAGUUCUCUACAAUCAACACGAAAUAUGGAACAACCUUGGUAGCUGUUUUUGUAGGAGAAAGAAACAAAGAGAGAAUAGUUUCUUAUUUGUUUCUAACCAACACCGUUAGGAAUAAUCUUUCAUUCUUUGCUUCCGUUUUUUGGUUUCUUUCCCAUGCUAGUUCCUUCGUGGUUUCCUUUUCCCCUCUAUUCAGCUAGUAAGUAUCUCUUGUUUGUUUCUGAACAGUUCUGCGGUACUCAUAGGUGUUGUAUUGUUGUAUCUUUGUUGUAAAUAGCAUGCGUAUUGUAAAAGCCCUCUUCUAUGUGCAGUAAAAAAUAGAAAGAACCAAAUUUGCAGUUCAUUACCUUGAUUCGUUUAAGGCUUUGGCGACGAAGCAUUCUGGUCAUAGAGUUUAUAGUUACUCAAACGCAAUAUUAACAUACUGUAGCCACGACAACUUUUUCAAACGUGUGGCAACGUGAGAUUGUAUACGGAGGCGAGAAAUUGAGAUUAUGAUGAACCAUCAAAACGUCUUAGUGUGUGUGGCGCCACUGUUUAUUGGUUUUUCAAUUUUCAUUAUCCAACUUUGACGCAUGCAUUGCAUGCACAACUGCUGAAAAUGUUGUAGUGGCACCUAUUGAUGAGGCUCCAGUUACGGAAUUCCUGGCUUAGAAUGGUUUGCCAAAUUCUUCAUUUUUCGAAAAGAGUAGGAAAACAAAAGCAUUGCAAGAGGUGCGUGGACGCCCACAAAUACGUUGCUGGGCUGCUGGAAGUGGAAGAUGAUUCGUGAAUGAAUUGGGAAUUUGAGA